CCAUAAUAUGUUCGAUUAAGCUCGAUUCUUGUUUCGCAGCCUCAGCACCAUCUUCAGCAGCAACACGAGUCCGCUAUCAGUUCGAAACAGCUGGUGCGACUUGUACUAUACGUAUUUACAGAUAGAGCGCUCUCAACACUGUCUGUUGUCGCACGC